AUGCCGCGCUCCACGACCAAGCAUGACUUGCCCGACGACGAACAACUCAGUCUGUACCACGAACUGCUGGAGCACAAGCAGAACGGCCGUCUGGCCAGAGGCAAGGCCAAGGAGAUCCUCCGCAAGUAUGGCAUAUCAAGGCAUACGUUGUCGAAGAUCUGGACCCGCGGUCAACUCUCCAAGGCCCAGUCAGGACUUGCCGACGUGGUAUUGAAGAGGAAGGGUCGAGCGGGACGUCGGCCAUCGCGUACCAUCGCACAAAUCGAGUCCGCCGUAAAGAAUGCCCCACCGCAUCUGCGCAGAAUCAUUGCGUUGUUGACGGCUUCCAGUGGCAUACCCCCGACGACUCUUUGGCGCGUGCUCCAGUCGAAGAAGUUAGUGCGUCGGACAAGCCGACCGAAACCCAUGGUCACGGAAAAGCACAAGGAAGAUCGCGUAGCUUUCGUCCGUUCCUUUGUUCGCGAGUCACCACGAGCUCCGAUGCGCUGGCACGACAUGCACUAUCGCAUCCAUAUUGACGAGAAGUGGUUCUAUCUCACGUUGGUCAACCGCCGAUACUAUCUCUGGUACGACGAAGCCGUACCUGUCCGCAAGUGCUCCUCAAAAUUACACAUCGUCAAGGAGAUGUUCUUGACCGCUGUGGCGCGUCCACGGUUCGAUUACGUGCGAAAGACAAUGUGGGAUGGCAAACUCGGCAUGUGGCCGUUGGUGGCCGUACAGCCAGCUCAACGCACGAGCAAGAAUCGAGAUCGCGGGACUUUGGUCGCAACACCGGUGACUGUCACGAAGAAGGCGGUUUGGCCGGGGCCUCGUGACCAACCCAUCUACAUUCAGCAAUACAAUGCACGACCUCACGUCGAAGUCGACGACCCUGCCGUGGUUGCUGCCGGGCGGUCGGAUGGUUGGGCGAUUCAACUUGUGGCACAACCAGCAAUGAGCCCUGACUUCAACGUUCUGGAUCUAGGGUUCUUCAACUCAAUCCAAGCCCUACAACACCGUCAAGUCGUCACUGGAAUCGAUGAUCUGGUUGCCGCCGUACAUGGGUCAUUCAACGAAUUGGAUUGGCGAAUCCUGGACAAGACUUUCGUGACUCUAGUGAGAGUCAUGGAGGAGUCGAUGAAGAUGGGCGGUGACAACUCGUACAAGUUGCCGCAUCAGUGCAAGGACAAGAUGGCAAGACUGGGACCCACCGCUCCUUCGGUGUGCGAUCCUGAUGUAGUCACUGUCAUCGAAGCGAUGAAUGCUCUGAAGGACUUCGAAC